AUGACUAUCCCAGGUCUCUGGGAAAAGUUUUCCGAGUAUGGGAUUGAGGAUCAACGUCUUCCCAUAAGGGUAUAUGCUCGGCAAUUUUACAAGGAGAAAGCAAGACAUUUACGAGUGGGAAUUGACGUUUACCAAUGGAUCUUCGAACUUACCCAGGUACCUUCCCAAUAUAAAGGAGAUGUAGCCAGCAUUCGUGAUGACAAAGUGAUCCUGAAUUUCUGUUCCCGUAUUAGGGAGCUCAUAAAGUUGCACAUCUCCUUUGUCUUUGUAUUCGACGGCCGCUAUAAGACACACAAAAGAAGAUGGGGAGACGUUCUUUACACUGACGAUGACUAUUAUGUUGAGUACCUUGAAACGAACGAAGAAAUACAACAAAGCGGCUUAUACGACGAGCCAGGGGCGAAGAUUGUUUAUUUGAUAAAAAACCUACUACACUUAUGGAAUAUCAGUUAUGUCCAGGCGCCAGGGGAAGCUGAAAUUGAACUUGCCCGAUUGAACGACUGUGGUGUGAUUGACGCGAUUAUUAGCAAUGAUGCUGAUGGGUUUGUGUACGGGGCGCAGAUCAUUCUCAAAAACUUCAGCCGUUGGGUUGCAGAUGCUCCCGCAACACAGGCAAAUAUAGAUCGACAAGAACCGGAGUUUUAUGUGACUCCAUACCGAAUGUCGAAGAUUGAAGAGGUACUUGGGCUUGACAGGGACCGAAUGGUGUUCCUAACCUGCAUAAAUGGCAGUGAUUUCAGUCAAGGAAUCAGCGGAUUAGGAAUUACCCGUUGUAUUGCGUUGGCUCAAGUAGGGAGCAAGAUAGAGAGUGCAAUCGAUUUUGCUGAAGAAUUAAAGCAAAUUUAUGUUGCUGUGGGAAAAGAAAAACUGUUGGGUCUGGUGCCUUUCAGCAAGAACGAGAGAGACAAAAAGCUAAGCAACUUGAACAAAUUGCUACAGGAAUCGCUUGCACGAAACAGCAAGACAUAUUUCGGAAGGAAGUUCAACGGUACGGUAUCUUUUCCUUCAGACUAUUACUUCAUGAUCCAUUUUUAUCCGUAUCUUUGUCCUGAAAUUUAUGCAUUCAGAAAAUACGAGACAAAUUGCGUCGACUCGCAUCCAUCAACGAUAAGGCUGUCCACUUUGCCACAACCAAACUCUUUGAAACUGCACGAUGAGUCGAUCAAACUUAGACGUCGUGGUUCACUUUGGACGACUGUUCACGACAGCCGUCCCUCAGAAGAUGCGCUUCAAGGUGAUGAGAGCACCGUCGCAUGGUUUGAAAAACCCAAUUUCCGCGAAAUGUGCGAUAUCCGGCUUCCUGUGCAACGUAGCACCAGGGACUUCUUGGUGGAGCAUUUGGCUGAGUGCUAUAUGCUCAGAGUGAUCCACAACUUGGAUUACUUCAAGAAUGCCGAGAUAUUUGUCAAUAUGUACAAGAAAGCCCAGUUUCCUUUGAAGAGACGUGCCGAUGAGUACUACGUUCCUAUUUGGUCAGAGGAGCAGUACCAGGUGAAGUACAAUCGCGAAUUAGUGUUUGGACGAUUUUUGAAGGAAGGAGAGCUCUAUGAUGAAAACUACCGGCUUAUAGACCAUUCUGAACAAAAACUGGAUUCUACAUGGGUUCCGAAAUAUCUCCUCGAGCUGUCGUCUCACGGAAGGAGAUUGAUCGAACAAUACGAGAUCAAAGCUACCGAGAAAAAAUCGCCCCGUAAGUCGCCGCGCAAAUCACCGAAAAAAUCCCCGAAACGGCAGUUGUCGACUCUUGAUAAUCUUUUAAGAUCGCCCAUAAAACGCAAGCUCGAUCCAGGAAAAGAGAGAAGUCAGAGCUCUUCUCCACUCAAAAGCAAACCAAAUCUAUCUUAUGAGUCUGCUGAUGAGGACUCGGAUAUUCUGGAAUCGCCAACAAAGAGACGCAGUCGACUUGAUGUUGACGUAAGCGGGCUUCGAACGUCUCUGUUCAAGAGCCCUGAUACCAAACAGAACACCCCCACAAUCGAUCUAACAACUCCACCCAAAGAAGUCAAAGACACCGUAGAAAAGAAUUUGCAAAAUACUUCAGUUCUCUUUCUUGACACCACAGAUGACGAGACAGAUAAGCUGGAAAAUGAUAUCGAAAUGUUUUUCAAGAAGUAG